GUGAAGCUCUUCAAACAGAAAUUGAAUUUCUGCAGAUGAAAUUAUCACAAAAGUCUUCAGGCAAAUAAAUACCAUAAUAUACAGAAGACUGAUUGAAAUGUCACAGAAACAGAUGCUUGACAUUUGGAUUGUUGCACUUUUUCUGCUUGGGACAACCAGAGGAAAUGAAGUUUGUUUUGAAAGGCUCGGGUGCUUCACAGAUGAUAAACCAUGGGCUGGAACUAUACAAAGACCACUGGCAAAGUUACCAUGGAGUCCAGAAAAGAUAAACACCCGCUUCCUUCUUUACACAAAAAAGAAUCCUAAUAACGUUCAAGAGAUCACUGCAAUAAAUCCAUCAACGAUUCGCUCCUCAAAUUUCGAUCCAAGCAAAAUAACACGUUUUAUUAUCCAUGGAUUUCUAGGCCAAGGAGAUGAAACCUGGCAGUCAGAGAUGUGCAGGAGGAUGUUUGGAGUGGAAGACGUGAACUGCAUCAGCGUAGACUGGAGUGGUGGGUCAAAGUGUGAAUAUACCCAGGCAUCAAACAAUAUCCGUGUCGUGGGUGCGGAAGUGGCUUAUUUUAUAAAAGUGCUUACGGAACAAUAUGGAUACUCUCCUUCCAAAGUCCAUUUCAUUGCCCACAGCCUUGGAGCACACGCUGCAGGGGAGGCAGGAAGAAGGAGGCCAGGCGUUGGAAGAAUAACUGGACUGGAUCCUGCUCAGCCUUAUUUUCAAGAUACUCCAAUUGAAGUUAGACUGGAUCAGACUGAUGCAGCCUUUGUUGAUAUUAUUCAUACUGAUUCAGCUCCCACAAUUCCAAAUCUGGGUUUUGGAAUGAGCCAGGCUAUAGGACAUCUUGAUUUCUAUCCAAACGGAGGAAUACAAAUGCCAGGAUGCACGAAUACUGUUUCACAGAAUGUUGACAUUGAUGAAAUGGGGAAAGGAAUGAUUGAGUCGGUUGGUUGUAAUCAUUUGCGAAGCUUCAUGUAUUAUUCUGACAGCAUCAUCUCUCCCGAUGGCUUUCUUGGAUACACCUGUGCUUCAUAUGAGACUUUUCAGACAGAAAGCUGCUUCCCAUGCCCAAAAGGCGGAUGCCCCCAAAUGGGUCACUAUGCGGAUAAAUAUAAAGACAGAGUUACUUCUGGGAUCCAGAAACUUUAUCUGAACACUGGAGAGGCCACAAAUUUUGCUCGUUGGAGGUAUAAAGUAUCUGUGGCAAUUGCUGGCAACAGUGAAGUGAGUGGGUAUGUAAAUAUUGCCCUGUACGGCGCUGGAGGAAACACAAAGCAAUAUGAAAUUGUUCAGGGGACCCUCAAACCAGGCAAAACAUAUGCCAACUUCAUUGACGUGGAACUUAAAGUUGGGACAAUUACGAAAGUUAAAUUUCUUUGGCACAACAAUGUCUCAACCCAACCCACACUGGGAGCAGCAAAGGUCACAGUGCAAGCUGGAGAAGAUGGAAAAGUGUUUAAUUUCUGUGGCAGCGGAACUGUGCAACAGAACGUUCUGCAAACUCUUACAUCUUGCUAACAACAUACAAAAAUGUCAGCGC